AUGUCACCAAUAGCUCACUCCAGUAGCGCAGGGUGGCUGAAGUCAUUAGCAGUGCCGGCAACAAAUACAAAAUUCGUUCCACCAAGUUGUCGUAAUCGUUCCUCGCAGCUAUCGCGCAACCACCUACUUCAUUUCAUCAGCAUCGCCGCAGUAUGUGGUGUAUUUUUCGAUGCUGAUCACGAGCCAAUCUCUUAUCCAUGUUUCCUGCAGGGCAGCAAAAGAUACACAGAGAUAUCGUAG